AGCUGGGCCCGUAGGCAGAGCUGGGCGCGCCGCCGAGUGUGGGAGUGCGGCUGGGGCACUGCAGCCACGGCCGAGCCGGGAUGGCGGGGCCGCUAGCUCUGCGCCGGGGAGUCCGGGCUGCCGGCCGGCGCUGGUUGGUGCUGCUGCCGCCCAUGCUGCUGGCGCUGCUGCUGGCGCGGCCCGCGGGGGCCCUGGUGGAGGGGCUCUACUGCGGCACGCGGGACUGCUACGAGGUCCUGGGCGUCAGCCGCACGGCGGGCAAGGCGGAGAUCGCGCGGGCCUACCGCCAGCUGGCCCGGCGCUACCACCCGGACCGCUACCGGCCGGAGCCAGGCGACGAGGGCCCCGGAUGGAUGCCCCAGAGCCCGGAGGAGGCCUUCUUGCUGGUGGCCACCGCCUACGAGACUCUCAAGGAUGAAGAAACGCGAAAAGAUUAUGAUUACAUGCUGGAUCACCCCGAAGAGUACUACAGCCACUACUACCACUACUACAGCAGGCGCUUAGCCCCUAAAGUGGAUGUGAGGGUUGUGAUUUUGGUCAGUGUGUGCGCUAUCUCAGUGUUUCAGUUUUUCAGCUGGUGGAAUACCUAUGACAAGGCAAUCAGCUACCUGGCCACGGUGCCCAAGUACCGCAUCCAAGCCAUGGAGAUUGCCAAGCAGCAGGGAUUGCUCAGGAAAGCCAAAGAGAAGGGCAGAAACAAAAAGUCCAAAGAGGAAAUUCGUGACGAGGAGGAAAACAUCAUAAAGAACAUUAUAAAAAGUAAAAUAGAUAUAAAGGGGGGCUGUCAGAAACCCCAGAUACGUGACCUUCUCCUGUUUCAAAUCCUCUUAGCUCCUUUUCACCUGUGCUCAUACAUAGUCUGGUAUUGCCGAUGGAUCUAUAAAUUUAACAUCAAAGGCAAAGAAUAUGGGGAAGAAGAAAGACUAUAUAUCAUACGUAAAUCUAUGAAGAUGUCACAGUCUCAGUUUGAUAGUCUAGAAGACCAUCAGAAAGAAACUUUUCUUAAACGGGAGCUUUGGAUAAAGGAGAAUUAUGAGGUCUACAAAGAGGAACAAAAAGAAGAACUAAAGAAAAAAUUGGCAAAUGACCCUAGAUGGAAGAGAUAUAGGAGAUGGAUGAAGAAUGAAGGGCCUGGACGGCUAACAUUUGUGGAUGACUGAAGAUUGCUGGAAUGCGACUCUGCCAGACCUUAUGUGAUAUUAUUUUGACAACGGAAUUAUUUUAGAAAUGUGUGGACUGCUCCUCAGCAGUAACUAAAAUUCCUCAAGUAUUUGAUUAAACAGAAUAAUGUAGAAAUUCCCUUAACACUUUAUACAUAAGACAUUUAUGAUCAAUUUUUAUAAUCGAUAUGUGGAUUUUGUUAAAAGAUUUGACAUGAAGAUUUAUUCGUUGCCAUUUUAUAAUUUUAUAUGUUUAGUUAAAAUUUGACAUGAAAAUUUAUUCGACGCCAUUUAAAAUUUUUACGUGUUAAGUGUUUAUGCCUCACAAGUGUUUCCUUAUUCUUUGUUACAGUGCUACAUUUUUCUGCUUUCAUGGCCUCUAAUAUUUUCACAAAACAUAAAAAAUUAUAACAGCACUUAAUUACAUUAUUGAAAGUAUCUUUUUUAGACACAAACUUCUUCAGCAAAAUGAUUCAGCUAUCAUGUCAUCUUUGUGACAGUUGUUAUAGGAUUUGAAAUAUGUUCAAAAUAUUUCUCUAGGAGUAUCUUCUGCCAGACUGUCUUUAUAAUAUCUCCCCCAAGUUAUAAUAUUCUUAAUAAGAUCAGAAACUCUCCAGGAGAGUGAAUCUACCUUUAUGUCCUUGUAGGAUGAUAUUGAUUACAGUCAUUAUAGGACUAUAAUUGUGCUCCCCAACAUUUCUCCAGAAAGGACCUUGUCAAAAGGUCUUUUGUACAACAGUAUCGCUUUCUUAACCCCUUCAAUUAAAAAAAAAAAUGACAGAGCAGAAAAAGAGGAAUGAAAAGUCCAUAUAUUAUGAAGUCCUUGAGUGGUGAAAAACCCAUUGUGUGUGGUAUGUAGAUGUAUUUCCAUGCAUUUAAACCAGAGAGGAGAGGUGCAUGGAUAUGUGCUGUUCUGUCAAACAAUGAAACAUAAAUGUUUUGAAAUGUGGAAGUGAAAGUAAUUCACACAGUCUGAAUGAGCAUGCUACUGCAGCAAAGUAUCGACACACCUUCUGGUGGUACAUCCAUCGUCCUAUUAAACGAUAUGUCCCAGUCCAUUGUGUUAAUAAAAUGGUUGCAAUAUAUCAUAAGUUUGUUGGUAUGACACUAUAAGAUGAACAUAUUGCUUUUGUAUUAUAUAAUUGUAAGAGAUGUAAUGUAAAAGUAGAGUAUAAUAGAUGUGGAGAGUGUUCCUACUCAAACUAGUCUCUUCAAGACCUCGGCCCAAACAUGUGACACCGACACAUGCAGGAGAGGAAGAGUUCUGCCCUUGCUAAGGUAGCAAAAGACGUGAGGUGGGUUAUUUAGACCGUGAGUGGAGGGCCUCAAUUACCUCAAUAGAAAAUCAGGGAAGGAGUUUGACCAGAUUAUCCUGAGGGCCCUUUUGCAGCUCUAAAAUUCUGAAAUGAUAUAUAUACUAUUUAUAUUUUUAUAAACUUUAGAUGAAAGUGUUUUAUGUGUCCAUUCAUCUUUGAGAGGGUGGAGAAAUAACAGUGUGAAAUUAUAGGAAGCUAUGUUUCAAACUUCAGGUGCCCAACUCUUAAUCAUAGAUAAAUGUCUUUCAAAGGUGCCAUGGUUGUCUGUAGAAUUGUCAAUCCUUGUCUCAGUAUGUUAUCAUACAUUUAACACAACAGUAUUUAUCACCUAAGAACAGAAUUAUGUACCGUUAUGUUAUGAGGACCAGAAAGAAAUGUAAGCACUUGCCCCUCUGUUAAAAUUUCAAAUAAAUUUAUAAUUAACUGUGUUUUUUAAAAACCUAGUGAUCAGGAAAAAUACAAAGGUCUGGAUAUAUUAGCAUUCAUAAAGGUUGGCUGAUAAAAACA